AGUAAAUAGUGGUGAUGUCAUGCAGGCAAGAUGGCGGAAGGGGAGGACGUGGGAUGGUGGCGGAGCUGGCUGCAGCAGAGCUACCAGGCAGUCAAGGAGAAGUCCUCCGAAGCCUUGGAGUUCAUGAAGCGGGACCUGACAGAGUUCACCCAGGUGGUGCAGCAUGACACAGCUUGCACCAUCGCAGCCACGGCCAGCGUGGUCAAGGAGAAGCUGGCUACUGAAGGCUCCUCGGGCGCGACGGAGAAAAUGAAGAAGGGACUGUCUGACUUCCUAGGGGUGAUCUCUGACACCUUUGCUCCCUCGCCAGACAAAACCAUCGACUGUGACGUUAUCACCCUGAUGGGCACACCCUCUGGCACAGCUGAGCCCUAUGAUGGUACCAAGGCCCGCCUCUACAGCCUGCAGUCUGACCCGGCAACCUACUGCAAUGAACCAGAUGGGCCGCCGGAAUUAUUUGACUCCUGGCUUUCCCAGUUCUGCUUGGAGGAGAAGAAGGGAGAGAUCUCAGAGCUCCUUGUAGGCAGCCCCUCCAUCCGGGCCCUCUACACCAAGAUGGUCCCUGCAGCUGUGUCCCAUUCAGAAUUCUGGUAUCGGUAUUUCUAUAAAGUCCAUCAGCUCGAGCAGGAGCAGGCCCGAAGGGAUGCCCUGAAGCAGCGGGCAGAACAGAGCAUCUCUGAAGAGCCUGACUGGGAGGAGGAAGAAGAGGAGCCCGCGGCCAUUUCACCCACAUCUCCAAAAGAGGCAGAGGUUCCCAUCACCAAAGCUUCCACAUCCCUUGAAGGACCACCUGACCCCCAGAGCUCCCGUGAAGGAAAUCUAGUGGCCCAAGCUGAGCCUCCAACAGAGGUGACUCCUUCAGAGAGCAGCGAGAGCAUCUCUCUCAUCACACAGAUCGCCAAACCUGCUGCCGCACCUGAGGCACCAGAGCUGCCCAAGGACCUGUCCCAAAAGCUUCUAGAGGCCUCUUUGGAGGAACAGGGUGUGGCGGAGGAUGCGGGCGAGACUGGACCCCCACCCACAGCUCAGUCCAAACCCCACGCUCCUGCUGGCCGCCCCAGUGGCCCAGAGCCCAGGCCUCCAGCCAGAGUAGAGACUCUGAGGGAAGAGGUGCUCACAGACUUACGGGUGUUUGAGCUGAACUCAGACAGUGGAAAGUCUACUCCCUCCAACAAUGGAAAGAAAGGGUCAAGCACAGACAUCAGUGAGGACUGGGAGAAGGACUUUGACUUGGACAUGACCGAAGAAGAGGUGCAGAUGGCACUUUCCAAAGUGGAUGCCUCUGGGGAGCUGGAAGAUGUAGAGUGGGAGGACUGGGAAUAAGGAGAGCCUGGGCAGGCCGCUCCCCCACCCACAGCACCUCCCACCUCUCACGCUCGUCUCCGCCCGGCCCCGAAGACAGUGAUUGAGAAUGUUCCCCAAAUGGCCUCUGUCAACCAGAAUUCUGAGCACAGAUUCUGAUUUGCAACUCGCUUGCCCUCUGUCACAUCUGGGAAGGGGCUCACUAAACCCAAGCCAGGAAUUCUGACUUGUGCCAAUCAUAGGAUGAUUUAAUGGGGAGGUGACCUGCCCCCCUCACCGGAAGAGCCUACAUUUCUCUGCUGAACACCCACUGUUCCUGAGGACUCUCUUGGGAAGUCCCAAGGGGCAGCUCUAGUCCUCUGCCUGUGUAGACAGAAGCUAAGCAACCAGCCUCAUGGAGGAAGCCGAGCCAACGCCCUGUCCCUCCCAUAAGCAGGCAGGAGAGCGGCACCGUCCUUGGCUAGACAGGGAGGGCAGCAUGUUUUGGUUCCUGGCCCAGUGGGUGAGAGGCCUUCGUCUCUGGGAAUUUGCCUCUCUUGGGAAUCUCCCCCUCCCAGGUAUUUUCUAUUCCUGGAAAAGUUCUUGUGGCUCAGAAUCUAAAGACCAAACCCUGCAUUCCCACCCCCCUCUAGUCCAGACUGGUAUGUUCCCAGCGCCUUCCCAGGGCUGCUUGAUGUCAGCUGCACCCAGGUCCUUAGCCCGGCUGUGCCACCUGCAGGAGUCUGCUCUUGCAUCUCUUCCCCUCCCCCAAAGGGAGGGGUCACUCCAGGCCCUUCUGAGUUGCCUGGUGGACACCUUGUCCUAGCAGCUCCCCACCUCGACUCCCCUGUAGCGUAAGGACAUAAGCCAGCUACCGGCGGUACAGAGCAGUGAUCAAAGCUGAGUACUUACAGCGCUGGUGAGCUGACUCCUCUGCCUCAGCCCUCUCGGAGGGAUGUGCUGGGGCGAAUUGGAGACUCAUCAGGCUCCUGCGAAAGCUUUUCUUCCUGAAGACGCACUAGUCUUUGUGGCUGUCUCACCCUCCACUCUGGUAAAGCUGCACCUCUCUUGGGGCAGUGAGGGGCUGCAGGGAUCCCUGAAGACCCUGGUGCUUCACGAUGCUGCUUGGUGAUUCUUGUACAUAAUCUGGUGUGUUCGCCCAUGAUUUAAAGGGGUUGUGGUCAGGACGCCGAGUGUGGCGGUCACUCCACUCAGACUUCACUAGGGGGUGGGAUGGAGAGAAUGCUGAAUCUUCGCUGGGAUGGGGUUUUUCUCUUUGUAAUGACUUCUUUAGUUUAAUUAACCUUUUGGUUGUUUGUGCAAUAUUAUAUAUUUUAAAUUAUAAUGCAUCUCCCCAGAGUAUUUUGUAGCCGGGAAAAGAAAAAAGGAAAAAAAAAAAAAAAAGAUUCUAACAGCUGUUAGUUUUGUAAUUAAAAAAGAAAGAAAAAGAACUUUGUCCUGAACCUUUUCCAGAUUUGCCGUUUAACAGCAUUAAAGAAAUUCAACAGAAG